GCCAACACUACGCGUUCUACCACGACAGCCGCUCGCCGCGCCCGCGCAAAAACGCGCACCUUUUUCUUUUUUUGAAAAGAAACAAACUUUAAAAACGAACGAGUUUACUUUUUAAAUUUCAAAAAUGUUUUCAAAUACAGUGCUCAGGUGAAUUUAACUGUUUUGUGAGUUUCGUGAAUUUUAUAUUACAAAUAUCAAUCAGUGUCAAUUUUGGAAACGAUUUCUAUUAAGGAUUAUCUUUUAGUGAAGGAGCACCUUCUAAUACUUCAAGAUGGGCUGCAAACUAACCUUCGUCGACGACGCUCUAAACAAAUCGUUUUACAAACUUGGCUUAAUAGUCGGCAAGCAACCCGGCUAUUUCAUAAUCAUACCAAUCCUGCUGAGUUUACUAAUGAUAACUGGCUACCAGAGAGUCCACUAUGAAAUGGACCCAGAAUACCUGUUUUCACCUGUUAGUGGACAGGGGAAACACGAACGGAGAAUAGUGGAAGAUUAUUUCAAAGUUAACUACUCACACAGGUUUAAUGUCGGCAGGAUUACGAGAGCUGGGAGAUUCGGGCGCGUGAUAAUAGUGGCAAAGGAUAACAACACAAACAUCCUACGUACAGAAAUAUGGAAGGAAUUACGACAGUUGGAUGAGUUGGUGCAGAACAUCACGGUUACCUUGCCUACCGGAGAGAAGUUUACUUACCGCGAAGAAUGCGCACGAUGGGAAGGGCAGUGCUUCGUCAAUGAUAUACUUAAUUUAGACAAGAUUAUUGGGGAGGUCGAGCGCGGCGAACUGAACUUGACCUUCCCAAUCAUGUUCAACCCUGUCACCUGGGAGGCGCAUGCGUUUCCAGUUUUCUUCGGAGGUGCCAAGGUGGUCGAUGACAUGGUUGUCUCUGUACCGGCUGUCCAGCUAAUAUGGUUCGUCAGAACCGAUACAAAACUGCAGGAACAACGAGGUGCAGCAUGGGAAGACGCUUUUCUGGACGAAGUCGGAAUAGCAGAAGAUACAGGUCGCUUCAAACACAUUUCCAUUGCGCGGUUUGCCUCAAGAACCCUCGACCACGAAUUAGAGAAAAACACCAGAACCGUCAUACCCUUCUUUAGUUCAACAUUCGUUCUAAUGGGGAUAUUUUCUAUUGUAACAUGUAUGAUGGCAGACUGGGUUCGUUCGAAGCCCUGGUUAGGUCUUUUAGGAAACAUUUCUGCAGUUAUGGCCACCGCUGCUGCGUUCGGUUGCGCUAUUUAUUUGGGCAUCUCCUUCAUUGGAAUCAAUUUGGCUGCUCCGUUUUUGAUGAUUGGAAUCGGUAUCGAUGACACGUUCGUAAUGUUAGCUGCGUGGCGAAGGACUCCGCCCAAACUACCUGUUCCAGAAAGAAUGGCCAUCAUGUUGUCCGAAGCUGCCGUAUCAAUCACCAUUACUUCUGUUACUGAUAUGUUGUCUUUCUUUAUCGGUAUAUUCUCGCCAUUCCCUUCGGUACAAAUCUUCUGCAUGUAUUCAGGUCUCGCCGUGUGCUUCACGUUUGUCUGGCAUCUGACAUUCUUCGCUGGUUGUGUAGCUGUGUCCGGCUACCGUGAAAAACAGAACCGCCAUACGAUAACAUGGCUUAAAGUCUUGCCCGAAUCUCGAGCGAGGAAAGAAGAAAAAUCUUGGUUGUACCGGAUAUUCUGCAGUGGAGGAAUUGAUCAAGCUGAUCCAGACAACCCAAUAGACAACAAGGAACAUUGCAUCAUGGGUUUCUUCCGUCACACCAUGGCAGACAUCUUAAACAAUAACUUCGUGAAGACUCUGGUCAUAGUCGUGUUUUUAGCGUACUUGGCUGGAGCUAGUUACGGGGUCACUAACAUUAAAGAAGGAUUAGAAAGGAGGAAGCUCUCUAAAGUGGAUUCAUAUUCUGUUGAGUUCUUCGAUCGCGAAGACCUGUAUUACAGAGAAUUCCCUUACAGAAUCCAGGUAGUAAUAAGCGGCGAAUACAACUAUUCCGAUCCAAAAAUACAAGAUGAAGUCGAAUUACUAACGCAAAGGCUGGAAAAUACGUCUUACAUUUCGAACUCAUUGUAUACGGAGUCGUGGCUACGAACAUUUGUCCAAUACGUACAGAGAAACAACGACUAUUUAAACGUAACAAUUGACAACGAAAUUGACUUUAUUAAAAAUCUAAAAGAGUUGUGGCUGUUCCCAUCAAAUCCAUUCUCACUGGACGUUAAGUUCAACGAUGCAGGUGAUCAAAUUAUUGCGUCCAGAUUCUUGAUCCAAGCAAUCAAUAUUAGCGGCACUAACCAUGAAAAAGAAAUGGUCAAAGCUCUGCGCCAAGUUGUAGCGGAAUCGCCACUUAAUGCCUCCGUAUUUCAUCCUUACUUCGUAUUUUUCGAUCAGUUCGAGCUCGUAAAACCAACAUCGAUCCAAAAUCUCUGCUACGGAGCCAUCAUGAUGAUGAUCACGUCCUUUAUCUUCAUUCCUAAUAUUUUAUGCUCGUUGUGGGUGGCCUUCAGUAUCAUAUCUAUCGAAAUCGGCGUGGUUGGCUAUAUGGCUCUUUGGGACAUCAACCUAGACUCGAUUUCCAUGAUCAACUUAAUAAUGUGUAUUGGUUUCUCAGUCGACUUCACUGCCCAUAUUUGCUACGCUUACAUGGCUUCAAAAGCAAAAACACCGAACGAGAGAGUUAGCGAAUGUCUAUAUUCGCUAGGUCUGCCAAUCUGCCAAGGAUCUUUCAGUACUAUUCUUGGUGUAGUAGCAUUACUUCUAGCAGACAGUUACAUAUUCUCUGUUUUCUUCAAAAUGGUGUUUAUGGUGAUAUUUUUCGGAGCAAUGCAUGGUCUAUUCCUUUUGCCCGUCCUUUUAUCACUCUUUGGGCCGGGUUCGUGCACAAGAAACCAAGAAGACUUCAAAAUGUCUAAAAUUGAUAAAUGUUAUCCACAUCCAUAUUGUAUACCACAUCCGCAAUUAGUAUUGAACGACCAGACAUACAACGGAAAGAAUAUAAAUCCAAAUGGAGUUUACAAAAUCUAUGGUGAUGAUAAAGAUUUAGGAAUUGGCACAUCAGGUGAAGACACAAGCGAAAGUAGUUCAAAUCAGUCACAACGACGACAAAUGGGAGAUGAUGAAAAUGGAAGGAAGAAAUAUGAGGAUGGAUGGAAGAGAUCCAGCUAUUGUCAGAGUAGCAGCCAGUUUCAACCGUCAGGAGAGCUAGACCUUUAUGGACAUGAAAUGGAUCGGGGCUGGUCGAGACAACGAUAUGAAGACAAUCGUCGUACUUUUGACAAUCAUAGAAAACCACCAGGAGGAUCACGAGAUGAUGACUGGGUGAGCCCGCGUAAAAGUAGUGAUACAAGUCCACGACGGGAAGGCACCUAUCGCGUAAUGCGAGCACACUCACACCAUAACCUACACAGACCACGACCGCCACGACGAUCGAAUUCUCACCAUAAUCUCGAACAUUUAGAUUAUGUCGCAGAAAUGCGGUUUCCCUGACAAUGACUCUUCAACCUUUCAAAGGAAUUAAAAAUUAGUAUCAUAAAUCAUGUGCUCAAAUGGACCAAAGUAUCAUAAUGCCUUCGUAGAAAAGUAAAAUCCUGAGGUUCUAGAGGGAGCAUUAACAAGGACUGUAGUUUAAAAAUAACUUUAAUUCAACUUAAAUUUUGCACCAAUUUUGGGUGCAAAAUUGGUUUUAAUUUUUAAACCAGCCUCUUGCAGAAAAGUGGUAAUGUUACAAAGAUGGACUUUUAACUAAUGGGAUUAUGAUCAUGCAUUAUUUUUAUAGUUAGGUAGCGUAAGUGUGUUUGGAAUGUUUUGUUAAACCAGGCUUCCGUAAGCGCGAUAAUCAUUAAACUCCUAGUUUCUCGAUAAAUGCAAAAUCAAGUUAAUAUAAUGCAUAAUUUAUUUUAAAAAGUGUAUAACUAGUUCCUAAAUUUACGCUAAUUUCAGUCAGUUCUACUCGCUAUGAGAGAUGCUCUUUUAAUAAAAAUAUAGUGUUAUGGUAUGGUGUAACGGGCUGGUUUCCGCAACUCGCGUCGUAGCGCUUUUUUGCGUGUUAAAAUGUAGAUAUUAUUCUUUUUGUUAGACAAGUUAAGAGAGAAUAUCUUAAUAAUGUUGGGUCUUUUUCUAAAACAAAAAUAACCCAUCACUGAGGUAUUCCUUGUUAUUUGUCAACAUAAAUCUUAUAAGAUGUUGCGUGAUAGAGUGAUAUAAACUUGGGGGGUGUGGGUUCGUAUCUAUUAACCUGUGUACAUAAAUUUGUAUUUAAAAUAAUUUUAGUUUCUGUUUUACAUACUAGUAAAGCUUUAAAGUUACCUGUGUCUAGAUAAAAUACUGUAAAUAUUAGUUGUGAUAAUAUCUUGUUGCCAUUUGUAUAUAUACCGUUUCAAAAUCGCUUGCUUGCAUCAGUAUUAAAGAAAAUUUAUAGAUUUUACUCUACUUUCGAAUAUUUAGUUCACCAUUGCAUCUGUUGUUUUCGCAACAAAAUUAUAUAAACGCGUAUUUUUACAGGAUUUGUACGAGUUUAUGGCCUCUAGUAGGUCACUUAUACCGAAAUUCAGUCCUUUAUAAUAGAUUGCAUCUCGUUACUGUAGGCAUAUUAAACU